AACGUAAAGCGCAUCGUCCAUCUUGGCUUGUUUUCAUCCGAAAAAAUGGACAUUUACUUUUAUGUAUUUUGUUUGUUUCCGUUGAUGUAGAAACUGAUUACACAUUCUGUAUACGGUAAAAGGAAUUAAGAUCUUAUUAACUCAAAAUGUCUCAACCUGUGAAAAGGAGAUAUUCUUCAAUAUUGAGAGCUAAACAGUUGCUAUCUGGAAUAGCUUUCAUUCGCCAGCAAAAACAGAUACCAAAUUUAAAAAGAAUCUCAAGUUAUAUGCUUCGAGAACAUGAUGUGCAUGAGCCUGAAGUUCAAAAACAGUUAAAUUUAGCAGUUAAGGAUGGUCUUAUCAUUCACUAUACUGCAAUAGGUUCAAAGGGUUCAAAAACUGGUGUUGAACAAGAAGGCUAUAAAAUUCCACAAGUUGAUGACUCAGAAUUGGAUGAUGGACAUGAUUGGUAUUGUUUUGAAUGUCAUCAAGGUGGUGAAAUGUACGAAUGUCAGGAUUGCUGGCGAGUAUUUCAUGAGGCUUGUCUUCCUGAAGACUCAGAUAAUCAGCUUGGAUCAAAGUUUUCAUGCUAUAUUUGUCAGGCUGGAAGAGCUAAAAACAAACUGAAAAGGAAAAUGUUGAACACCUUGCUAAGUUACACUGUUCUUAGACUUAAAGAAAAGACGCGAGAGUUACAUCGUAUAGCAUUAAAAGAGCCUGAUACAGAAAUGAUGUUUGAAAGGUUUGUUUAUAAAAAUAUGGAUUUGAAUAUGAUGGAGGAAAAAGUAUCUAAUCAUAAAUAUAAGUGCCUUGAAGAAUUCCAGGCUGAUGCUCAGACUGUUCUACAUGCCGUCUUUGUUGUCUAUGGUGAAGAAAAGGGUGGUAUAACAGAGUUAGCUAGAAUAAUGGUUAAAGAUUGUAAAUAUGAUCUGGAAGAAAUUCGUCAUUGUCACAGAUGUUAUUAUUUGUCAAAUGCAAAACCACAACAUUGGUUCUGUCAACCUUGUGAUCCUCCACAUGAGCUAGUUUAUGCUAAACAGAAAGGCUACAGCUAUUGGCCAGCUAAAAUUAUCCAACACUAUGGAGACAAGUGUGAUGUUAGAUUUUUUGGAGCAUUCCAUCAGCGAGCUGUUAUACCCACAGAAUAUAUUCGGCCAAUUAACGCCAAUCUUAAAACAAUGAGUAUCAAAAAAACAACAGGUUUUACAAAAUCUAUGAAAGAGCUUCAACUGCAUCAACAGUUAGUAGAGGAAAUAGCAUCAAAAGCUUCAGAUAGUGAUAAAGCUUCAAGUAAAGAUGAAAGUAGUGAUGGAGAUGAAGAAGAUGAACCAGAAGUGGAAGAAGAAGAAACCAUGGAAGUAGAAGAGGAAGGAGAAACAGAUAAACAACAAGUAACGUCAACCAGUGUUCAACCACCACGUAAAAAACGAAAAGUUUCUAAGGCUGCCUCCCCUGAAUCAUCUAUUAUUGUUACAUCAAGUGAAGAUAAAAUAGCUCAUUCUCCUCCAGUACCUACAUCAACUAUAGCCUGUCAAACACUUAAAAUAAAAGAACAUUCUAGAGCAAGUCAGACAGAUGAAAGUCAGUUUAAAGAUAAAGCAGAAGUUACUUCUUGUGAUUCCAAAUUGUGUAAUUGUAAAGAAAACCAGAGUGCCCUGGAAGAACUCCGCAAAAAUCUCCUCAAAGAACAUUCUAGUGAAAAAAGUGAAGCUUUACAGGAACUCUCCGAAAAGUUAUUAAAAAGUUUUGAAGAAGAUAAACAGCAAGCUGUGUCCAGGACUAUGGCCAAUACCAAAGCAGAGAUAGAGAGAGUGAAAAAACAAGCAGAAGAAAAAUGCAAAGAAAAAUACAUGGAAGAAAUGAAAAAAUUAGCACAAAAACAUAAAGAUUCAAUAUCACAAACAAAGAAAAAACAAUGGUGUUUUAACUGUGAAGAAGAAGCUAUGUAUCACUGUUGUUGGAACACAUCAUAUUGUAGUGUGAAAUGUCAACAAGAACACUGGCACAAAGAACAUAAACGCAUCUGUCGUCGCAAAAGAUGAAGAAUAAAAAAACAAAAAAACCUGCAUGUGAAGCUAAAGACACAAGUGUUGCCAUCGUUUAGAUUACAAACUUUUAAAGUGAUGGUGUGAUUCUUGUUAUUGUUACUGAAAAACCAGGCAUCUUUCGUGUAUGAUGUGAUGCCACUUUAAAUCAUUCAUCUUAUUGUGCUUGUUAAUUAGAAUUCCUCAUCGUCAUAACUUGGUCUCCUUGUGCUCAUCAUAGUCCACGCUAAAUUAAUUGAUAUGGUCAAUAUUUACGCUAUGGCUAACUCUUAACCUUUAAAACAAAGCACAGGUAAACCUGGUAAAUAUUUAUGCUAUAUCUAAUUCCAUCUAGGUCUAAAACAAUUCACGCCAUAAAUAUUUAUAUCUAAUUCCAUCAAUGUUUAAAACAACACACCUGGUAAAUAUUUAUAAUAUUUAUGCUAUGUCUAAUUCUAUUAAGUUAAUUAUAAAUCAAAACACCCGAUAAAAAUUUAUGUCUAAAAAUGAAAAUAUGGGUCCUGUACCUGCGUCACAAUUCAUAAAUUUAGAAAAAUGUACUCUCCUUUUGUGAUUAUUUUCAACAUUAGAUCAAAUAGCACUUCAUUAAAUUUAAGGGGUUUUUUUUUCUGAUUUGAAAGCACAAGCAAAAUUUAAAUCCAUGUGGUGGAAACAGUAAAUUAAAUGAUAAUGUAAAUUGUAGCAUAGUUUACUACUUGAUUCACUAACAUUUGCCAAAUAAAUCAGUGUCUUUGAACCAGCUAUUUAUUGACUAUAAAUAGAACUUCUUUUAUACACUUUGACCAAUCAUAUUAGACUGUCAGUGAAUUUGACUAACUCCACAUUUCAAUUUACCAGGCAGUCAGUUUGCACCCAUUAAAAUCUGGUAUAUCAAAGAAUUUAACCAUAGUGCACAAUAACAACUGUUAAUUUAUAGGUGUUAAAACAAGCACUUCAAAAUUGUUUUUAUGUAGAAAUUAACCAAUUCUUCUGAAAAAAAUAUUUUGUUGAAAUGAUAUAAAUGAAAUAUGCAAAAAAAAUGAUUAGCUGUUAAACUUUUUAAAGUUAGAACCGCAUCUUAGAUAUUUACAUCCUAAGAAGUCACAUAUUUUGUUUAAACAUCAAAAGUAAAUGUAUAUUAAAGGGGCAUUAUGUAAGAUUAGAUAAAAAGUAGAGAAUGAAAAGGGAAUAUGUUGAAAAUUUCAGUCAAAUUACUUCACUAUGAACCGUGUUAUUGCCGAUACAAUUACAAUGUAAACUUGAUUGCCAUUGCUACCGAUAAUAAACAAAGUCUCGAUUAUCCAUUUUUACUUUAAAUCAUCAAUCAUAAAUGGUAUUUAAAUCUAUUGAAAAUCUAGACUAUCCGAUGGCACCAAGAGUUGAUUAUGGUCAUGGUGAGUUAAUUAAUGUAUAAUUAAUAAUUUAUAUAACAUAAGACGUGCAAUAGGCAGAUUUAGCUCUUGCAUAAUGCCUGUUUAAUUAAAAACUAAUGUUGAUUCAUUCAUUGAGUAGUUGAAUUAAUGAUCACAAACAAACAUUCAAAUGUUAAUUGAAACUAGUCAUAUACAUGCUAUAUCACCAAAACAAUCCAUGGUGUAGGAAAAAUGGUAUAGGAUUCGCAUUUCAGCAUUUAAAUAUAAAUAGAGGCAUAUUAUUCACAAUUCUACAAAACGCUAUCCACCAUUUUAUAAAGCAAUUCAUUAACUGAGAAAUAUUCAUCAAGGUGUGUCAAUCAUAUUCUAUAAUAGUCUAUAAUUUUCUUCCUUAUUUUCCCCCAUAUAUACCGGUAGCUAUUUUUUGUUCUGUGUUGGAACUUCCAAAUUGUGGAAUUGCGCGCUUAUCCCUCAUCUACGAGAGACAAAACCUGCUUGUUGCUGGAAAGCUAUCUAGCUGCAAAGAAUUUGGUAUGAGUUGAGAUUAUUAGUAAUCAAUUUUCAACUUCAAAUUCGAACUUUUGAAGGUAGUUAUUCCAUGGUGGGAAAUAGAAAACAAGGGAGGUAAUUGUGUUAUUAUUUCCGGUGUGAAGAUUUUUAAGUGUGAGAAAGAUCGUAUAAUAGUGAGUUGACAACCUAUUGAGCAAAAGACAUAAAAAUAAUUAUGUUUUGACUCUCUUAGAAAAUAUGAAAUUGUAACUUUAAGGCAAUACAGUCAAAAAAGGUUUCUAUUCGGUUCAUUAUUCACAAAGUUAUUGUGAGUUGUCAGCAAACUGAUUAAAAUACAGAUCUCUUUCGUUUCGUUUUUUUUUUUUAUACUUUCGAUGGCUGUCACUACAUAAAGAUCUUACCGGUUGUAGUGGAAGCUCGCGACAAGUGUCAUACGAGCGACUUUUGAUCGAAUGACGUCAGGCAUUAAUUAACCAAUCAGCCUUGAUAUUACCACUCACCAAGAACUCACCAUAACAGAUCAUUUCAUUGGCUAAUCCGUAACAUACCAUCUUUUCAGAUCCUAGUGUAAUAGACAAGAAAACAUGAAAUUUUGAACUAGAAAAACGAAACGAAAUAGGAACUGUGUUUUAAUCAGAUUGGCGUUGUCAGCAUUCAGAAUUGUCUGCAUAGUAUACAAAUGGACAUCUUUCUAAUCCGUUAGAAACUAAGCCAAGAUAUUAUCUACGGUUGAUAUUUUGAUUUCAUAAUUAAAAUGAUCAAUUUGACUACAUUUUAGUGUGCAUUAAGCCAUCAAAAAUUGAUAUUGCUGACGAUUGGCGGCUUUAAAUGAAAUUAAAUAGCUAAAUUUACAGUCAUAUCACAUUAUAAGGAUUUAGACUGAUGAAUGCAGAAAUUUGUCAAAGAGGAAUUGAUUGUCUCGCUUUACACAUGUAGUAGUAUCCUCAUUCUUUACUUCAUUCAGUGUACAAAGUCCAUUAUGGUAUGCAAUCAUUUAUUUACACCACAUGGAGAUUUCAUAAUGGUCAAUCAGCCAUAACCAUAAGUCAAAAUGCAGUACAUGAUUUUGGAGUAUAAAAGAUAUCAUGAAUAAUGAAGCUGGUCAUUUGACCAAAUAAAUAUCAGAAUACUGUCACCUGCCGUUUUGAAGAUAGAGAUUGGCUUCUUUUAUUGCUUAUUGUUUUUAUGAGCACAAAAAAUGUCUUUUUAGUGUAGGGAAAGCAGAAACUAAACUUUGAUCUUAGAUUUUGGUUGAUUUGCCAUCAUGAAAUUUAUGAUAUUUUGUAUCAUUUAUUGCUAAAUAGAUAUAUGAUUCUGUUAAAUAUACAAUAACAUCAUCAUUACCAUAUUUAUGUUGGGGAAAGUCACUCAUCCUCCUUUAUCGAUGUAUAUUUUGUUUGUUUAUAUAUUGUUUGUUAUUUUGUUCUUUGUGUAUAUUUUGCUUGAAUCUGAAUUAUAUAUUUUGUUUGUAUAUGUAUUUCCUAUUUCACAUAUGGAGUAAAAAUAAUGGCUCUGAAUAGGAAAUUUUGUCAGAACUCCAGUUUUAUCAAAUUGAAGCCACAGAAAUUUUCCAUUAGUUUUUCACUUUUGCUGAUCAGUCUUUUCUUUAGAACCGAAUAAGGUUUAAGCUUUAAAGAUAUAUUUCUUUUAUAUAUAAUAGAUAAUUAUAUUUUGUAUGAACAGGAAAAGUAAAAUUAAAGACUCAUACUUAAUCUCUGAUUUAAUGUUGAACACACUCUUUUGAAUUUAUUUUAGUUGUAUCGAUUAGAUGAGUGCCGAUCUAUUCACAGGUCUGGUAUAUUUGUAAUAUACUUCAUUAAAUAUAUAUCAUUGAACAAUGCAAAUGAUUUUCCAGAUAGUUUUGAUCGAUAAUCGUACGUAACUAACGUACGAAAAUUAAAUGGUAGCUGGCUCUUUUUUUUCGCACGUAUACAGUGAAUGGCCAUUUUGCUCAGUAAUCCCAGCCAGAAUUUGGCUAUUUUUUUAAAAUUGCGUUAAAGUUUUAAAUUUUUGUUUAGAACUGAAAAAAAUUAACUUUUAGUCAAUCCCCACGCUAAAACCAUUAACAUAAUUUAUUGUGUAUAUCUGAAAUAGACACGACCGAAGCACAAAAUAGUGCCAAUAUGCUGACAUCAAAUCUAGAGUUGUAGCUGAUAUUACUUUUGUGAAAAAUCAUUGGAAGAAGCGAUAAGACAUUCUGUACGGAUUAUACAGUCCUAAAGGCUGCAAGAAGGCUAUAGUUUACAAUGUAACAUUGUGUCUUGUAAUGUUGAUAAUGAUGGUGUUUACAUUUGUUUGUUGAUGUGACCUCAUGACCUGUGACGUUUAGAUAACGUCAUAUGGAUAUCAUGGCUAUUCACUGUGUCAGAGUCACUUCUCUGCAGGUAGGGUGAGUCUGUCGUUCAGAUUGAUCGAUAAUUACACAAUAAAGGAAUAUAUCUUUAUAACAUAAAUUUUGUAGACUUUUUGCUGAAGGGCCUAUUAAAAGUAUAUACUUUGUUAGGCCAAUGGAUAUUAAGAAAAUUCAAUAAUCACCAUUUGUGUUCUGAUUUAAAUUGUAGAAGUAGUUUUCAUAUUGAAUGUUGCAGUAUAAUUCGUAUAUCAGGAAACCUUUUUCGACAAUAUUAUGUAUCUCCUCCAAACUGUCCCUAAAUAAAUACCUUUUACUUCUUCAAAUUUCGCAGCACCCCAACUGUUACCAUAAACUUAAAUCUAAAUAUAGGUUUAUGGACAUAACCUACAGUAGAUCUGUGUUCUAUGUCAGAUUUUUAUAUGCAGUUUAAAUUUUGUAUACAUGUAAUUUAUAUAUGGUCCCUGAUUAUAGGGCAAAGACUAUUGUAUAUUUUGAGUAUUAUUAAUGCAGAUGUUUGUGAUGGGGCACUAAUUUAGCAAAACUAAUUAAUAUUUAUUGAAAUGCUGUUUUUGAUAGCGCAAUAAACACCAUACAAGAUUUUUUAAAAAUAAUAUAUCGUUUGAGCUUUAACAAAUAUUUAAAGACGAGUUACAUCAAUCAUAAUUAAAUCAUCUAAUAAAACCCUAAAACAAAUAUUUUUAAUGAUUAUUUAGUAUUAAUAAUUUAAAUCAUGACCAAAAUUGUGUAAUAAACACUUAAUUAGUAGGUCAGAGUUUCAACUGUUUCACACACAAAAAAAAAUUCUUUCUGAGAGUAUAUUUCCAUUGAAUGUCAAGACAAUAAAUUAUGGACCAAAAUUGAAUAGUAAGCCCUCGGUAAAUUAAUUUAAUUAUUAGAAGUUUUGCCAUUUGAAUAUCAAUGUCAAUAUUGUUGCAGGUUGUUAGUAACUUUAUAAACUAUAUUGCUUAUCAACUGUUUAAUUUUGAAAAUAAUAUUUAUUGCAUUCUGGAAACUAGCUCUGCAUUUUACAGAAAACAUUUGUUAUCCCAGUAAUUUUUAUUUUAAGAUUUUAUCAAGAAAUCAACAUUUUUUUAAUUUUUUUUUGAAUAUUUAAUUUUAUCAUAUCAGCAUUUACAAAAUAAAUGAUAUGGCUGUGCUAUUUGAUAGGGGGUUAAAUAUAUUAGAAAUAUAUAAGAGAUUUGGGGAUAAUUGUUUAAGAAGAUAUUCAUUUAUAAGGUACAAUGUCAAUGUAACAGAGUAUGUUAACUUAUUAUGUAAUCUAGCUUUUUGAUGUAUAUUUAUUAUUCCUAUCAUACAAUUUUUGUAUCGUGUAUUUUGUAUAUUUUUUUUUCUUUACAUAUAGAAAUUAUUUUUUCAGCUUUUAGUUUUUUUUCCUGUUAAAUGUGAAAAUAUGUAUGCAACAACUGAAGAGUUCUUUUAAGAAAUGGGAUAAUUCCAUUUCCGAUUUUGAUGAAAAGUGUCAGUGACAUCAAUAAUUUUAAAAAAAGUAAUUCAUUUGAUUGUCCAGUAGAACGGUAAGAAUUCCCCCAAUUAUGCUCCCUGUACAGUACUUAUGAAUUGAUCAACUACCAUACUAAGAAUAUUCAAUAGCAAGUUUUCACAUUUAUAGAAAGGAAAUGGGGUUUAAUGUUUAUUCGUUUGUAGGAUUUUACGUCUGCUUCCACCGUGGAUGAUAUUGCAGACAAAGGGGUUUAACGUCCUACUGUUCACAUUUAUAGAACAAAUUAUUGUCCUUUUAUGCUCAAAUCAAUACCACAUAUUAUGGACCAGGAACUCACUAUAAAGUCAUUGCAGCCAUCUUAGAAUUGUGGUAUAUCAAAAAUCGAAAUCGGUCAAUUGAUGUGCAAUUGUCCAAGGAACAAUCAUGCCAAGUUUCAUGUCGAUUGCACAUGACUUGUUGAGACCGUAGGCUAUUUUUGAAGAGCAUCUCACUCAAGAACAACGUGAUGAGUUGCAUUCGGGGACCAGGUUCUGGUCCAAAAAUAUUAUUGGAGUCAUUUACAAUCAUGCUAAUGCAAUCGGUUUGUUUAGAGUUUUUUUUUAUAGCACCUCUUAUUUUUUAAAUGCAUGAUCACAGUAAAAAAGUAAAUUCCAAUAUGUGUGAUAAAUGUACUGAAAAUAUACUUGAUUUUGAGAAGGUGAAGAUAAAAAUGGUAUUUAUCAAUUUUAGAAAAGAGCUCUUCAGCUAUUCUUUUUGCAAUACCAGUAUAUUGUGGGGUUUAAACAUAACGAUUUCAGAUUAGUUUAUAUUUCUGAUAAAAUAGGGAAUUAACUGUCACUGUCCUGUGUUGUGUCUGUGUUACAAGACAAAAAUACUACGAUUAUUACUAGCUGUGGGAACUCCUUAAAUAGGAGAGGUGUCAUCAAGUCAAGAGCAAGUCAAUAUUCAUAUACAAUGUAUAUGUGGUUGUCUUGUAUAAAGUAAAUAUAUCUUGAUUGUGUUUAAAUGUGUGUCCUAUAUUGCCAUCAUAUGCUGAUCACGAUAAAAGAUUUAUUUGUUUAGAAUGUUAAAUUCUGUUUAUGUUUAAAACAAUAAAAACAGUGAAAAAAAUAAAAACAGA